UAAUUUUAUUUAAUAGCACCUUUAAUUCAAAAAAAAAAGAAGGGUCUUCAUUUGCAAUUCAUGUAUGCAUACACAAGCAAUUGUUGUUAAAAAAAAAAAAAUCAAACAAUUGAAUUCACAAAGUGUCUAGCCCGCUAACCUGGUCGGGUUGUUCCAUACAAGGUUCGCCUAGUGAGCUGAGAAAGACGACAUUCUUAAAACGGGCCGAACCCCUCCUCCCUCAACUGGAACCAAGCAUUACUUUGUUGUGAUAAUGGAAGAUUUUCAUCAAAUUUUUAAAAAUGAACAAAUUAUUGAAACUCCACCAUUAUCACUCUCCUCUCUACUCACCUCCUCCCUUCCUUCUUCACUCUCAAUUCCCCUCUUUCAAUCCCAAACCCAUCAAAUUCUUCCGCCAUUACAAUGCUUUUCCAGCUUCAUUUUCUCUCUCUUCUUCCUCCUUCAAACCCAGAGCAGCUUUCAAGGUUGAAGACAUUGUUCCUUCUUUCUGGGGCAAUGAACAAGAAAGGUUAAAUGAUGAAGAUGAUUCUGGGUGUCUUGAAGAUUUGGCCUCUGAUAGUCCAGUUUAUCAGAAAACGCUGAGAUUAGUGGAGUGUGCCAUGUUUGCUGCUGUUGCUGGAUUGACUUAUCUUCUCAGUAAUUCUCUUGCUAUUGAGAAUUAUUUUGGAUGCUUUUUCGCAUUGCCAAUAGUAAUCACUUCCAUGCGUUGGGGUAUUGCUGCUGGGCGUAAAACAAUGGUUGCAACAGCAGUGCUAUUACUUGUGCUGUCAGGGCCUGUGAAAGCAUUAACCUAUGUGUUAAUGCAUGGAUUACUUGGAUUCACCAUGGGCUCUUUGUGGAGGCUACAAGUCAAAUGGAGGCUUUCGAUCUUCUUGUGCACACUGGUGCGAGCAAUAGGAGCCUUGGGUUAUGUUGUAACAACCUCGUUCUUGAUAAGGGAAAACAUACUUGCUUUGAUCACAGUAAAUGUACAUGCUACCCUCACCUUGAUACUCAACUCAUUAGGAUUUAAUACAGUUCCAUCAAUGAAUACUAUAUAUGCUAUAUUUGGUACUCUGCUCUUGCUAAAUUGUUGCUUCUUCGUGUUUCUUCUACACAUCCUAUAUGCCUUGUUCUUGAGUAGGCUUGGGAUGAAGGCAUCAUUGGCGUUGCCGAGAUGGCUGAUGAAUGCACUUUAGUAUCUAUUUACAGCUGCUGUGAGGCUGCUAUGUCAUAACUUGUAAGUUGUAGUGUAUACUAAACCUGAAAUGGUAGUUCAAUCACUCUACAAAUCAUGGAUACAAUCUACAACCAAUUUUUCUUGUAUAGUUCCUAUGAAUUUGUAUGUAUCAUGAAAAACAAGUUUUAUUAUGGAGCAGGGUCACACAGAUUAAACACACCUUGUGAUAUUAUUUUCAACACAUUUUGUUA